CGCCAGGAAGAAUAUAGCGGUGCACCAAUGAAAGUAUAAGGUUAAAAUUUCACAACGAACCAACUAGUUCGCAUUAUUGUGUUGAAAAUUAAUCUAGAAAAUGACCGAUGAGGGCGGUAAGAACCAGGGCAUGAAGGUCAUGGGUAUCCUUGAUAUCCAGAAUACGCCUUGUGCUCGAGAAUCUAUUCUGCAUGGUGCUGGUGGUUCACUGGUGGCAGGAUUGGUUCACUUUUUGGCAACAAGUAGAGUAAAGAGGUCAUUUGAUGUGGGUGUCGCAGGAUUCAUGCUUACAACACUGGGUUCAUGGUUUUACUGCAGAUUUAAUAAUGCCAAGCUGCGUGUCCAGCAGAGAAUGAUUCAGGAUGGCAUAAAAAAUAAAGUAAUUUAUGAAGGCACAAAUCUAGACCCCACACAGAAGAAGACUGGGGAUCAGUAAAAGCUGCUUGUCUGAGACCAUGUUAAUGCCUUAAUGAUAAAGGUGAUUUAUUUAUUGUAUAAUUAUGUAUUGUAUUGAAAUUUUGUAAUAAAAUUACAAUUUUAAAAAAUAAA